GGAAAACCUCACAUCAAGGGAACUUAAUCUGGGGAGUAAAACUGGUGGCCACUGCGGCUCCAGCAUUCAAACUGAGCAUCUUCUGAAGCUAGCAAGAAUUUGUAAACCCUCAUGAAAUAGGCCAUUCAGUUUCUGUCUAACUGCUGAGCUGGAAAACCUUCAUUGACCAGGAUGUGCGGUCAUGUAGAGAGACUGGUUUUAGUCUCUUUUCUCUUCAUGACAUCUUCACCUGUUGCAGAUGGUCAGAUCAGACUAGCUGGGUCUGGGUCCACUCAGUGCUCUGGAAGAGUUGAAAUCUAUCACAGUGGCUCAUGGGGAACAGUCUGUGAUGAUGACUGGGACAUUAAUGAUGCUCAGGUGGUCUGCAGACAGCUGGGCUGUGGGGCAGCAGUAAAUGUCUAUCAAUCAGCUCACUUUGGUGAAGGUACAGGACAAAUCUGGCUUGAUAAUGUGGCCUGUUCAGGAACUGAAAGUUCUCUAACCACAUGUCAACACAGAGGAUUUGGGAAACAUAACUGUGGACAUGGUGAAGAUGCUGGUGUCACAUGUUCAGUUGGACAGAUAAGAUUAGUUGGAUCAACUCAGUGCUCUGGAAGAGUUGAAAUCUAUCACAGAGGCUCCUGGGGAACAGUGUGUGAUGACAGCUGGGACUUAAAUGAUGCAAAAGUGGUCUGCAGACAGCUGGGCUGUGGGGCAGCAGUAAAUUUCUAUCGAUCAGCUCACUUUGGUGAAGGUACAGGACAGAUUUGGCUUGACGAAGUGGCCUGUUCAGGAACUGAAAGCUUUCUAACCGCAUGUCAGCACAGUGGUUUGGGGAAACAUGACUGUGGACAUGGUGAGGAUGCUGGCGUUGCCUGUUUAGACAAACCAAAACCCAGGAUCUCCAUUAGUCCUUCUGGUCAAGUUACCUGGGGUCAGAAUGUCGCCAUCACGUGUUCGAUCACAGCUGAUCAGUUAAGUGGAGCAUUUAUCUUCACAAAGACCUCAGGCUCAUUCAGCAGGAGAAUAACAUCAAGCAGAAACUCUGCUACCCUCAGUAUCUCUAAUGUAAACCUUGACAAUGAGGGAUCCUACCAGUGUCAGUUUCAGAGGGAUUUGAUUCCAGACUCCAACGCCCCUCUAAGUGAUUCUGUGAGACUCUCAGUGACAGUCAACCUCCCAAAGCCCAGAAUCACCAAGAAUAUUAUUGGUGCAGUCACCUGGGGCCAAACUGUGAGCAUCACUUGUUCAAUCUCAACUCAGCAUUUAGGUGGAACAUUCACUCUGCAGCAGACCUCAGGCUCAUUCAGGAAAAGCCAAACAUCGAGUACAAACUCUGCUACCUUUAAUAUCCCUCAAGUGACCUUCAGUAAUGAGGGAUCGUAUCAGUGUCAGUAUCAGACAAGAGUUUCAAGUCGAGACUUCAAUCCCUCAAAGUGA